GCGUCUUCCGCCGGCGAAACUAGUGCUGGUCACUAAUCGCCAUAUUUGCGUGGUCAGCCGGUUUUGUUUUUGUUUUUUUGUUUGGUUCAAACUAUGGACACAUCCAGCGGGUCGGAUUCAUACGACAGGACGUACAGGGGACAUCGGCCUCGGGGACGGGAAGCCCACCGCAGGUCUGGCCGGGACAGAGCCAGAGCCAGUGGGAGUGGAGGCGAUGGGCCACCCGCAGACAUCUCCGACAAAAUCAGCACCCUGGCAAACACCUUACAGGACACCAGUAGGAACUUGACCAAAGUGGACAGAAUGCUGGGUCAGUACAGGGAGCAUACAGAUGAUCAGGCUGAAGCCAUGGCACUGCUUAGAGAGAAUCUAGAGGAGUCCAUCAGUCAACUGCAGACUCAGAGGCUGAGCAGAGCCAAUGGGACUCGGAGUGCUUCUGCCUCGGCCUCUCCUCUGCACACCAGUGAUCUGGACGCCUGCUCGGAAUCAGAAGGCCAGCGCUUCUACCCUACUUCUCCGCUGAAGGACUAUACAAGCACUCCAGGAAGGAGGAGGAGAUCUCAGUCUGCUAGUGUUCGCUUCAAGGAAAGCAGCCUGGCAGGAGAAGAUAUUCACACUUUGCACCAAUCCCUGCGGGAUCUGCGCUGUGGCCAACAGAGACUGUCUGAUGACCUGGAUAGAGAAAUCCUCAGGAGAAAUAGGUCUAAUAUUGACACCAGGCGGGCGAUGGAGAGCCUCACAGAGCACAUGACAGCCUCCCAGAGACAGGACUCAGUUUCGUCUCGUGUGGAGCGGCGGCUGCAGGAGCUGGAGAGAGAGAUCCACAACGAACAGAGGAGCGUGGAGAGGGAUAGAAGGCCGGAGCAGCGGGUUGCCAUGUCUGAUGAGCUGCAGGAGACUUUAGGGAGACGCCAAGUUCAAUCCCAUGAGAGAGACGAGGCCGUGACAGCCAGGCUUCUCAAAGCAGAGAGGGAGAAAUCCAAGAUGGAGCAGGAGCUAGACAGAGCCAGAAGAUUACUAGAACAGUCAGAGGAUAGCAGGGAGUCCCUCGUACAAGAGGUGGAGGACAUGCGCUGUGAGCUGCUGAGGACAAAGAAGGAGAACACGGGGCUUCAGAGGGCACGGCUGGAGACUUCUCAGCCCAGUGCUCAGCCACAUGGCAACAACACUGACAGGGAGGGGGGACGAGGUGGAUUGCAAGAUCGUUCGGACUUGGAAAAAGAAGUGGCAGAGCUGCGAGUUCAGCUGUGCAAAGCCUCUGUCCUGGGUGAGGUCGAAGAGCUGAAGAGGGCUCUGAACCGGAAAGAGAAGGAGAAUGUCGAACUCAGCUUACAGGUGAAGGAAUUAUCGUCAGACCUGGCGGCACGGGAGCAACAGCAGCUACGAAUGCUGGAACAGCUGAGGGACAUACAGAGCCGCGGACCGACAGAGAGGAGGGAGAUGGAGGCAUUACUGCAGGAGAGCACAAGGAGCAGAGAUGAAUUGAAGACCAGGGCCCAAGAGGCUGUUCGCCAGUGGAGGGCAAAGUGCAGGAGACUGCAGAAGGAGCUGGAGGAGGCGAGGGCUCAGGCUCAAUUUCACACCGACAAGGCCUCGCAGGCAGCCAGGGAAAAGGAAAGCUCUCAGGCCCAGCUGAAGGCGCUGAGCCAGCAGACUGAGGCGGCCCGCAGGGAGCUCGCUGAAAUCCUAGGACGUUUGGCCCAGCGCGAGGAAGAGCUCCACCGCAAGGACGUGGAGCUGUCGGAGACUCAGCAGCGCCAGUUGUCACUGCAGCAGGAAAUCCGGGAGGUCAGGGAGGCCUCAGCUGCCCUGGAGGAGGAGGCUCAGCGUCAGGCCGCCAUCCAAGCAAGAUUGAGAGAAGAGAACCAGAGGCUGGAAGAACGAGCUGACACUCAAGCCCGUCGCUGUCAGAGGGACCAGGAUGCACAGGCUGAGCUCCAGGCAGCCCUGAAGCAGGUGACCACAGCCCAUGCUCAGCUAGCGCAGCGGUCGGCUGAAGAGGAGAGAUCCAGGAAGGAGCUCCAGAAGGGCACCUCAGCACUUCAGGCCAAGCUGACAGCACUGCAGGAGGAGCGGGACGCCCUGAGCAAGCAGCUGCAGCUCGAGAGAGAGGUGCAUCAGAAGGAACUCGACAACACGAAGGCCACAGUGGGGGACAGCAGGAUAAAGAAGGAUCGGGAGGUGCAGGACAUGCUGAAGCUCUGCCGCCAGGAGCGAGAUGAAAUACAGGCGCACCUGAGGGAGGUCAAGGCAGAUGCAGCAUCAGACAAGGAGCUGUGUGGGGCGCUGCACAUCAAGUUGGACAGGAUGAAGGAUGAGUGUGAUAAGCUGGCAGCACAGCUGAGCACAAAAGAUGAGGAACAUGCACUUCUUCACAGAAAAUACCAGCUACUUAAACAGGAACUUGAAGACAAAGUCAGGUCAGGUGAACGGAGACGUGCCUCAGAGUCAGAACUUGUUAAGCUGGAGCAGAAGCUGCUGCAAAUGGAAGCCGAGCAGGAGACCGUUUUAACCUCUAUGGGCGACGAACUGGACGCAGCCUGUCGCAGUCUGGCAAGGAACGGCGAAGACAAACUACAGGCGAUCUCCCAGAGACCUGGCUUAGUCAAAGACCCCCACCGCUGGCUAGCUGAGACCAAGACGAAGCUGCGUUGGCUGUGCGAGGAGGUGCGGGAACGCGACACAAGAGACCAGCGCCUGAGGAGGCAGCAUCAACAGACCAGGGAUCAGUUGAAGGCCCUCAGGCAGAGCCGGGACUCGGAGCAGGCGUCUCUCCUGCAGCGCCUCGACCAACAGGAGAAGCUGCUGCACUCGUUCAGCACUGAAAAGAAAGAGCUGCUGGAGAGGAGUCGGAGGAAGGAGGAAGAAAUGAGAAGCCUUCAGGAUCGUGUGUUGGAUCUAGAGAUGAACACAAGAGUAGCCUUGGACCACUUGGAGUCAAUUCCAGAGAAACAAUGUCUGUUGGAGAACUUCAAAGACCUGGAGGAGUCGCAGCAGCAGAGGGAGAUGGUAGAGCAGCGCUACACUAAAUACAAAGAGAUCGUCUGGGACCUGCAGCACCAGCUGGACGAGUCCAAACGCAAAAUCCAAGACUAUAGAGAUGAGAAGUUGGACGCCACUUCCAGGAGCCUGAGACUGGCUGCUCUUUCUUCCUCCAUCAAAGGCUCCAACACAUUCCUAAGCAGCUCGCUGAGAUCUGACACACUAUCACCUCGCAAACGGCUGACCAGCUCGGACUUGGAGGAUUCCGAAGGCAACAAGGCCAGACCUCUCGCAGAUUAGCUCAACCUAAAGAAAACUCUUUAUCUGUAUCUCGACUCUACCUGCCUGGUGCUCAUCCAGAACAAACUUGACUGUAGAAAGAGGCCUUGCUCUCAACACUAAUCCUCCUCGACUACCUCUACCAGGCAGUCACUCAAGGUGCUCGAGAGCAGGAGGCUACGACUUGAGAUUUCACAGCCAGCUUUAAAAGAGUAGCUGCACACUGUAAAGGAGGAUCGACUGCAAAGUGUUUUAAAUGUUAUUUAUAAGCACCUGAAUUGAAUGUAUUUACUGCAGUUACAAAGCUUUAAACAACAUAGUCUGACUGUUACAUUUCUUGCUGUUCUUCCAACAUUCUGCAGCAUCUGUUUUAAAUAUUGUUUAUCCAUACUCUUUUUUUUUUAAUGUCAAUAUGUUUGUGCUAAAAUUAUAUAGUAUACUCCACAGAAAAAUGGUGCCUUUUAAGCAAUAUGCAGUUUUGUUUUUACUAACACUGUUGUUUUCAUCAUGAAAAUGUGACAAAUGUGUUGUUUUUGUCUUCU